GCCAGUAAAUCGCAGUCGCAGCCUGAUUACAGGAGCAGCCGCACAACUUCUUCUAAUGUGCUCUCGCCGGCCACUUGCCCAACACUGUUCUCAAGGAUGUGCCCGUCAUGGAGAAACGGUUUUCAGGAUCGUGCAGACGGAAAGAGCCAGGGUAUUUUCGAGGCUGUAAACGACCUGAAGCACAGUACUUCGAAGCCGUCCAAUGGCAAGGAGCAGAAGUUUGCUGACAAUGUUUUUGGCCGUAUUGCCGGUCAUCGCUAUUUCGAAGGGGCAACCAUGGCGGUGAUCUUGGUGAACGCAGUGUGCAUAGGAAUAGAUGCGGACUAUUCUGCCACGAAUGAUCGGCCUGCGAAGCUCUACGAAGGUCCAGCCUUCUUUAUCGUGACUGAAGUCUUCUUCGCUGUGUUCUUCACGACCGAGCUGGUCGUUCGCUUUCUCGCCUUUAAGCGCAAGUGCUUGUGCUUCUGUGACUUCUGGUUUCUCUUCGACUUCCUUUUGGUUGCCAUGAUGGAUGUGGAGACUUUCAUCCUUCCUCUCAUAGCAAGCGAAGGAGGCCCGCUCGGGAUAUUGAGUACCCUGCGGUUGCUGAGACUGUUGCGUGUGAGCAGAAUGGCCAAGCUGAUGCGAACUUUCCCGGAGCUCAUGCUCAUCGUCAAGGGCUUGGCCGCGGCUGUGCGCGCGGUGAGUUGGACUCUCGCGCUGUUGAUGAUGAUCCUGUUCGUGUGGUCCAUCAUUUUCACAAGCAUCUACCACCAGGGGACAAAGACUGAUGAGGAGGUUGCCGAUGGCAUCGGGAGCUUGUUCGGCAACAUGAGCAAAAGCGCGUUUUCGCUCAUCAUCAUGGGUACACUGCUGGAUGACGUGACAUAUUGCUGCAAUAUGAUUCGUGAAAGUGGCCAAAUCUUCAUGCUCGCAGUGUUCAUUGUCUUCAUCGUUAUAUCCUCCUUCAUGAUGUUGAACAUGCUGCUGGGUAUUCUCGUCGAGGUAGUGGCAUCCACAGCUGAAGGCUGGUACUAG